GUCAUAUCUACCACCAUGGGCCCCAAGGACCACAUGGUAACCAGCUCCUUCUGCUGCCAGAGCGACGGCUGCAACAGUGCCUUUUUGUCUGUUCCCUUGACCAAUCUUACUGAGAAUGGCCUGAUGUGCCCCGCCUGCACUGCAAGCUUCAGGGACAAAUGCAUGGGGCCCAUGACCCACUGUACUGGAAAGGAAAACCACUGCAUCUCCUUAUCUGGACACGUGCAGGCUGGUAUCUUCAAACCCAGAUUUGCUAUGCGGGGCUGUGCUACAGAGAGUAUGUGCUUCACCAAGCCUGGUGCUGAAGUGCCCACAGGCACCCAUGUCCUCUUCCUCCAACAUAUAGAGUGCACUCACUCCCCCUGAAAAGCUAUCUGAACAGAGGAAGAUAUAUGUAGUGUGAAGUCCCCAUUUGUCCUCAGCCUGUAACUCCCCAUGUGCCUAUAAAGAA